AUGACACUAAUCGUGCCAGCAUGGACACAAGAAUGGCAACCUCUUCUCAAGAAGCUGUACACCCAUAUUAACACCAAUGGAAAUCAAAUUCGUAUUGGCACAAACUGUCAUGUGAUCUCUACUGAAGAUUUAUUACUACGUGUCGAACGUAUCGCGGAACAACUGUAUUCGUGUCAAUAUGUUGACAUUGUGCCGCAGGACGUUCAGAUACAAACGCAAGCUCUUGCAGUCAAGUUUUGCUUCCAUUCAUUGGAAGAUCGAGGUAAUACAUUGUUGACAUUGGCAUCAAAAUGCGAGUACCAAGUGCUGAAACUUCUGUUGGAGUUGGCAACGUCUCCAACGACUGCAACAGACGCAGAAGUAGCGAUGGAUCAGGAAUUAUACAGGACAUGGAAGACGGGGAUAGAGCAAGAGAAAAUAAGGGAGCUAGAAGAAAAAGUGAUCAAGGAGAAACUUGUUGAUGAUUUGUUGCAGAUCGUUACUAGAGAUGAGUGGUCUGAAGCCUGGGAUGAUAGUGAUGAGGACGAAAGUGAAUGGGAUAUGAACAGCAAUGAUGAAACGACAGUGGAAAAUGAAUGUCAAACUGCCACCUGUCAACUUAAUCACACGAGAUCAAGUGAAAAUAUGGAGGAAGAAAGCAUAGAAGAACAGAAAGUCGUGGUGGCUACGUCCAUGGACUUUCGGAUGGACAAUGUGCUGGGUAAGUGUGAGAAGAAGAGUGCAGAGCAGACUGCAUGCCGACUAGAAACGAGAAGAAAACAUAAACAAGACGAGGUGGAAGAAAUGACAAUGGAAGAUGAACUUCUGUGCCGCUAUUGUCCGAAAAUUACGUUGCAGGAUGAGCAGGAUAGGGUAAAUGAUUCAGCGUGCACGUUGGACGUGAGACUGCUGGUGCCGUUUACAUUGGAACGGCCGUGGCUAAUGUGUAACGCAGUGGCAAAAUGCGAUGAGAUUGAUUCUCGUCGAAUAAUUUGCGAGAAAACUGUGGUGAGGAUGGUGUUUGAGGCGUUAAAUGGAGCUGACUCGCUUUUGUUUGAAUUUCACCCGGUCAUACCGAAACGUCCGAUGUUCAGUGUUAACUUUCAGACCAAAGUAGCUGCAAGACGAUCGUUAAAUGUAGCGGUUGGACAUCUUUCCCCCACGGCAUUCGAUCAUGUAAUAGGUGAAUUCGCACAAGGAGCGUCAGAACUGCAGUUAGUUCGCAAUCUGCUGGAGUUUAUACGUCAAGCACGAGGCUCAGAUAACCACUACCGAUGUGUGACCUUGGAAGGCCUAGCCAAUUCAUUGUCGGUAAUUAUGAGAAAGUUGACUGGAAAUAUACGCAUGGUAGAGCAGCAAACUAUUGGCACAGUCAGCGAGCAGGAGGGCCCGUGGUCAAGAGCUUAUAUGCGACAGCCAACUUUGCUUGGGAUUUAUGGAGGCCUCAAGGACAUUUUAAAGAUGGUGUCAUGGUUAAAGUGGGUAUUGAUAGAAUCCUUUAGAGCAUUAUCCGAUCGACAAUGGCACGAGGUGAGGGGCGCUGAGCAAGCCAAGAGCGUACUGGAUUCACUGUAUCGAAUGACGGAGGUGGAACACGUCAAAGGUGUGGGGGCCAAUGCAAAUAUAAGCGUUGCGGGUGGAUUAUCACGGUCUGAUGUGCUGUUAAAUCUAUUUAUUGGGGCGCUGAAUCCGUAUUUGGUUCUGAUCAAUCGAAUGGUGUUUGAAAUUGGGCAUUUUGAGACAAUUCCUCUUGACGAAGAGUUGUUUUUCACCACGUCGGCAUCACUGGACGUUGAUACGUUGUCAACACGCUCACGAUACCAAAGCUUUCGCGAUGAUUUAUUGUUGUUAGCUCCGUUUGAAGUAGACCAAUCGCUCGUUCCAACCUUUCUUGAAUCGAAGAUUGACUUGAUGAAUAGAGCAUUAGCAAGCCGACAAAUUAAGAACUGCUUUUUGCGACAGCAGCAGUGGUCAACAGAAGAAAUCUUGACGAAGCCUGAGCAGUCUCGGUCGUCGUUGUGCGAAUUGCUGACAGCUGAACUCGAGACGAUGGGGUGCAGACGUAACGGCGAGAUUUGGUCGAUGAAUUUAGUACUUGGUAAUGGCGACACCCUAAGGCCUUUACGUCAAGAAGUGCUGGAGUAUGUACCAUUUAGCAAGCUUUUGGAACGCUGUUUCACAAACCACCUCGAGACAAAGUGUCGUGAGCUUAACAGAGAAAUCACUGACAUCUUUCGUGACAAAAUGAACUAUAUGGAUCACGUGGAAGCACUUCGGAUGUUUGUGCUUAUGGAGCAGCAAGACGUCUAUAAUGUAUUCUCAGAGAAGCUAGUGACUCACAUGGAAGAGAACCCUAUUGCAUGGGCUGACAGUGAAGCUCUGAACUCAUUUCAUCAGAGCGCAAUCCAAGGCGUUUUUGAGAAUAGCUUGCUAUCAUCUUCGCAGCGGCAAAUCGGUGGUCGGUUGUGCGUUUGUGUUGAUUUCGACCUGCUAGAUAGUACUCCCUGUGGCACAAGGAUCGAUAUUGCGACGAUGAGAAUCGAAUGGAACAUGCGGCAUGUACUCCUUCAUGUUGCAGAUAUGCUGCAUUACACAAAGAAUUUGCUUAGCUAUCUUACAAGUCAGAUAUCAAGAGAACGAUGGUCCAAGUAUCGUCAGAUCCUGCAAUCGUCACGAAGCUUGGCAGAAAUGGAUGCUACGCACGAGGAGUACUUGGACCACCUACUUAGCCGCUUCUUUCUGCUGAGCAAGCACGCGGCUGUGACUCAGCGUAUCCUGACGACCUUCAACCACAUCUUGCGCUAUAUUAGUCACGUUGAUGAGUUUGUCAGUGUAGUAGACCGGAAUACACAGGCGAGUUUUCCCGAGUACUGGAACGACAAUGAGAUGGAGCAAGAUGUUGUGAAAUGCACUUGCAGUGUGCCAAGUGUCCUGUUGCUAGGACAUCCUGAGUUUUGCGUCCUUCGCUCUGAAAUGGCAAGAAACUUAAAGCAGUUUCAGCGGCAAUCGCAUUUCUUAGUAAUUGUGCUGACAUCCAUGCAAAAGCAUGGAGCGUCUCCUCACGUGAACGAAAUUUUGACCCAGCUCAACUACAAUUACUUUUACCACCAUCAAGAUCAUCAACCCUAA